AAAAACGUUAUGUUGUCAUCGCGUGUAAUAUUGUAUACAUGUUCACAUAGUGGAUAGGUAUUUCAGUUUGAUUUCAGGCUCCUUAUGUGGAAGAAGAGGACAGCUUCUAGUUGAAAUCUACGUGUUACCAGAACAGUUUGAGUUGGCUGGGAACUCUUUGCGACUCACGUGAGACGGCUGCAAAAGUGACGUGGCUAAAGAGAGGAAAAAAUGACCUUAUUUCUGACGAAAUAUCGAGGAUGGUUCAUGGUCGGUGUGGUAUUUGUAGAGUUGUUUAUUGUGUGCGGACCGACAUUCAACUACAGUAUUGUUUUUGUGAGCCUCCAGGAUGAGUUUAAUGCAGGAGCAGCGUUGACAGGCUGGGUUGGGUCCCUUGCCAACGCAGUGAUGGGCGCAGCAGCGCCUGUCUCCUCGCCGUUGAUUCAGCGCUUCGGCCCCAGGGCGGUGACCGUGACUGGACUGGUGGUGUUCAGCGGUGGACUCGUGGCAACAUCCUUCGUGCCCGCUCUGUCGUACGCCUACCUAACCUUCGGACUACUAGUCGGUCUGGGAGCGAAUUUCGUUUUCCAGUCUGGGAUCGAGCUGCUGUUCAACUGGUUCCCUGAUGAAAACUGCUCCCGUGCUAUCUCGCUGGCCUUGCUGGGAACUUCUUUCAGUGUAUUGUCGUUCGCACCUCUUCUCAAUUCGCUCAUCACGGCGUACCAGUGGCGCAACGCGCUGGGAAUCAUCGGCGGUGGAAGUGCCGUGUUGGGGCUCGUCUUCGGUGUUUUCAUCUCAACUCCGGCGGAGGCCUCUCCGAGGGAGGAUGGGCAGGAAUCUCGCGGGGACGACGGGGCCGAGUCGCCGGCCAGCCAGGAGGGAGAGAACACGGGGACCGGUCGGCAAAGAAUUGUCAGGAUCUUGCUGAAGCUUGACACCUGGCUGUGGGGUCUGUGUCUACUUCUGGUCUAUCUUGGCUGGACGUUCGUUACCGUGAAUUAUGCCAGUUUUUUGGAGCAUGAUCUACUCUUCACAAAAGACCAAGUGACCAUCGCCAUCAUGCUCUUCGCAGUGGGUGAUAUCGUGGGCAAGAUUCUACUCUCAGCCAUCGGAGAUCACCUCCCAUGUUUGAAGCUGUAUGUCGUGGUGGUCUCGUCCGUUCUCGGCGCACUUGUCUCUUGGUUGAUGACCAAACUGCAUACAGUUCCCCUGGUGUAUACUGUUUCACUGUUUAUGGGCUCCAUUCGUUCCGGAUCGUACGCUAUGCCCUUCCCAGCUACAAUGGAAAUAUUUGGCGAGUAUGGAUCGCAUAUCGUCACUACUUUAUCCAUGAUGCCUUAUGGUAUAGGAAUCUUAAUAGGUGCACCAAUAUCAGGUGGCCUUUACGACUUGACAGGAGACUACACACUCAGCUUGCUCGUCAUUGUUGCUAUAUUCGUUUGCUCAGCAAUCGUCGCGUUGAUGAUACCAAUCAGGACCCGAAUUCACUCAUCGAACUACAGGUUUUCGUUCAGACCAACGUCUACUAAAUCUAAAGAGAUUUCAGUAGCGUAUCUACACUCGACUUCCCAGUUCACGGCUCAACCCAGAUUAUGACACGUGCCCAACAUUUGGGGUGCGUUCGAGCGUGUUCCUCCUGUAAUUCCCUGGGGGAACUUAACAACCGCGCGCCCGCACACGGGACGCGAGCGCGAAGGCGACAAAUGUUAGAAAUAGGCCACUUUUUUGAAAAGAUCUGAUCGUGACAGAUCAACCACUUAUGCUAAUAUUUUCGUUCGUUCUCCCUCAGACAGUUUGAUUUUGUACAUUAUUGUAUCAUAUAAAUUUGAUGUUUUU